AUGAGAUUGAUGUUCGAGUACCCUCAACCAAUACCUGAAUAUCCGAUGGACAAGGCCGUAAUGGAUCCCUUAACUGCUGGCACUUCUACCGUGCCGCCGAUUGCCGCUCCAGGGCCACCAGUGAUGUACCCUGGCUAUCUUCCGGGUUGUCAGCAACUGACACCAUGGACACAACAAUACGAUCAUGCCUGGUAUGGAUAUGGCCCACAGGAUCCGGUAUCGCCAAGCUAUUUUUACCAAUCCGAUAUGAUGCACUACGAUGAAUGGCCUCAAAUACCAUAUCCAACCACUAAUGACAUGCUUUACGCAGCCAAUGCAAGCGUUCCCGAGACGCAGUGA